AUGAGAUUCUUGAAAAAUAAUCAGCGUGAAUAUGAAAAAGCGGCAACAUGCUACGAAAAAUCACUCAAUAUACGAGAAAAAGUUUCACCUUCGAAUCAUCCAGAUUUGACUACUUCCUACAACAACAUCGGACAAGUGUAUAAUAAUAAGGGUGACCACUCGAAAGCACUUGACUUUUAUGAUAAAUCAAAUACAAUGUUAGAAAUAGCUCGGCCUCCAAAUCAUCCUCAUUUGGCGAUUGGCUACUGCAGCAUUGAUCUAGUAUAUUACAAUAUAGGUGACUACUCGAAAGCGCUUGAAUACUUUGAAAAAUCAAUAAAAAUCAGUGAAAUAGCUUUGCCUUGGAAUUAUCAGUUACUAGCUUUUUCAUAUGAUUGGCUCGGAAGAAUCUAUCGCAGCAUGAAAGGUUACCCCGGUCGACUAAUCCGACGACGAAUUCUAUCGGAUCAUAUAACAUCCUACUAA